AUGCACCGCCGCCGCUCGCUCCUCUCGACGCCCUCGGUGGCCCAACAGACAUCAGUGCUCAUCAGAAAAAGUCGGAGAAAUCGAUGGGAGCCAGACCCGCUGCACCUGCCUGGCCAAAGGCUGCCGUCUCCAUCGCAGGUUUGCAGCUUCCUACGCGGAGCCCCCAGGCCUCUGCUCGUGGGCAGGCUGCUCCGGUGUCAGGCUCAGGGGCACGAGGGCAAGCGGUCCUCGGUUCCCACCUCUGCUGUACCUCCACUCCCGUCUCCCACUCUCCCACCCGUGUGUGCUUUCGCCUCCUGCUUUGAUUUCAGCACCAACCAGUGGGAGGCUGCUUAG